GCGGCUGCGCAGGCGCCGCCGGGCGGGAGAGUUCGGGACGCGCCGGAAAGUUGGGGCUGGGUGUGCCCGGUGCCCGCCGCCGCCGCUCCUGCCCGCGACCACCAUGUCGGGCUCCUCCAACGUGGCGGCCAUGAAGAAGGUGGUGCAGCAGCUGCGCCUGGAGGCCAGCGUGAGCCGCGUGAAGGUUUCUCAGGCUGCAGCAGAUUUGAAGCAGUUCUGCCUGCAAAAUGCACAACAUGAUCCCCUACUGACAGGAGUAUCUUCAAGUACAAAUCCAUUCAGACCCCAGAAAGUUUGUUCAUUUUUGUAAUUACGUGAACUACCUUGGUAUCUUUCGGUGAUCUUUUAGCAUCUUUUCGUAGCUGCUGAUGUGUGCAGGGAAAGAGUGCCUCAAGGAGUGGCUUGGUUUGAAGUCUGUACAAAAGCUUAGCUUUAAUGUGCCAAAUCUAUCUGUAAAAUUGCUAUUGUCAAACCUCUUACCAUCUACCUCUCCAAAUGAACUGUAUGCUAAUUAAUACUUCUGUUUCAUGAGGGAAUCAGUUUUAUAUACCAAGCAAAAAAUAAAAGUGUUUUGACUUA